AUGAACGCGAAUGUUGUCAGAGACGACAGUCUCGGGAAGGCAACAGUCAAAAUUGGCAGCCUUCAGCCUAACGAGUGGUGUCGGCUGGUCGAGCGGCUCGAGCAAGGUGGCAGUGGAACUUUGGAGCUCGACGUUUUCUUCAAGCCCAACUCGCACUAUCACCUCAAUUUCCAGCUUGAGCAGGCAAAAGAAGAAGAGAAGAAGUGCUUGGCGGAAGCUGCAAGACUUUCCAGAGAAGUGCAGAUGGCCGAGCAUGCGCGCCGGUGGCUUGCGAAUGUGGACGAGAACACCAAGAUGCCACUGAGUCUAGAGGAACGCGAUUGGGUGCGGGCUUGUGGUGGCAGGAAUUUGGUUGCUCCCGCUUGGAUUACUGUUACUCAGACGCAGGUGGAAGCCUUGGUGCGAGCACGUCAACAGGCACAUCCAAUUUCUCUCUUUCCGGAGGUGGAGCUCUCAUCGGCUUCUCUCAAGCUGAAAGUCAGGAUGAUCGGAGGCUUUGGCCUGACAAGCUCGGCAAGACGGAUCUGCACGUACUGUACAUGUGAGAUACCGCAGAAGCGGGAGUCCUCGGUCUCCACAGACUUGGCAGAAGGCCUCAACCCGGAGCGUGCCCCCGAGUUUGAUGCCAUGGUUCCGUGCCAGAACGCACAAGCUCUCUCGAGACAAAAGCCGCACUGUCUAGGUGGCGAUGCAGCAGAACCGUUCCAGGUGCAGAUGCCGGAAGUAGCAUCCAGUCUUUCUGUUUAUCAGCGUUGCUUGUGCUUGAAUCUGCAAGGAUACAGCCCUGGCGAUGCACUGGUCCUGCACGUGUUCUGUCUUGACCCUCAAGGUGCCUCUGCAGCACAGCAGCUGCACGCUACUUGUGUCCUGGACCUUUGA